CAGAUUCGCUGCACCACAGAUUUUCGCGAGAAAGUGAGAGAAAAUCAGGUGAAAAGAAAUGGGGAUAGCAGCUGCACUAGGAUUGCUUUCACCUUUCCCAUUCUACUAUUGGCUAUGGACUUACCCACAAACAUGGGUUGACCUGUGUGGGAAAGGGCGUGACCCAUGCACAGUGAUGGCUUAUGUGUCUCAUUUCCUCAAGCUGAUUCAGUUCCUCUCUCUCUUCUCAGUCUCCACCUUCACUUGGCCUCCCCUUCUUUACUUCUGGCCCCUCAUUGCCUUCGGCCAGUUCCUCAACUUCAGGGUCUAUCAGUUGCUCGGCGAGUCUGGUACUUAUUAUGGAGUACGUUUUGGGAAGAACAUUCCCUGGGUGACAGAAUUUCCAUUUGGGUACAUAAAAGAUCCUCAGUAUGUGGGAAGUAUUUUAAGUCUUCUCGCAUGCCUGUGGUGGGUACCAUUUGGAUACAUUUUGUUGUGGACGUUGGGCUAUGUUGUAAUGAUACUAGUGGAGUCAAAGGAAGAUCCUGCAACUCGUGCAAAGCCAACAUCAUAAUUCAACAUUUUGAAUUAGACCAGAGAAUCAGUCAUGUUUAGAACACCAAAAGUUGUUGAAUUGAGAUUGCAGUAGGUUUUUCUUCUCUUUUGUCCUGCAUCAUCCAUGUCGAAUUUGGGUUCUCGUUGUCUUCUGCCAUAACAUCUUAUGUAAUGACAUUAAUUCAUUAAUCCUGCGUAAGGUACUAUCUA